GCAUAUUUGCUUGCACUCUCUCUCGUUCCCAUCUCUCUCCUGUUCCGCUCACCAGAGAUUCAAUCGGACCUUACAAGUUACAAUACACAUAGGUAAUUAAAUUAAUUCUUUUUCUCCUUCAUUUUUUUUUCAUUUUAAUUUUAAUUUUUCCGCUCUGUCUAGUCGAGUCUCUCUCUCCUAAUUUCUUAAUUAGUUAAUCUUUCCUGGGAUGCUGUUCGACUGUUUGAGCUAUUGGCGAUAAAAUUUGAGAAUUGAACGGAGGGCGAACUUGAAUCAUGCUUCGGGCGGCGGAUUAGUGCGAACAAUUUCUGAAGAUUGAUCUGUUGUGGUUAAGUGUAAAUUAGGGAAGUGCUUGAAUCGGUUGGAACUAUCCUCCAUUUUGUUUCCCAUAUGGAGGUUAGUUGAUUGCCCGCGAUAGAGAAAGAGAGAGAGAGAGGCGGGGUUGUGAUUCCUGGUUGUGUAGUUACAUUAGGGAAUCAACUGAUGUGAUUGCGCAAUUGAUUUUGAAUUGGGUGGGAAAGAACUUGAUCUUGAUAGAUUGCUGUCUCAUAUUGUUGUUAGACUGAAGGAGUUCGUUGUUCAUUCAUUCUGAAUUCAAUAGGAUCCGGAAGUUGCCGUCAGUCAAUGCAAAUGUGUUAGAGUGCUUUGGGCGGUGGUUUGCCUUUGUUGAUUUGGGAAAUGCUAUGCGGUUCUGUUAGGGUUUGUUUUCAUUGAAUACCCUUUUAUUUCUCCAUAUCCUUUAGGAAGUUGAAUUAUCGUGUGGGAACAAUAGAAAAUGUCAGCUCUUUCUCUUGCAGUCUGGAAUAGCAGUGUUGCUUCUUGGGGGGGCGCUCAGUUUUCAAAUGGCUUCUGUUUUGUCAUUUCUAUGGUCGUCAUAUGUGAUCACUUGAACAGCUUCUCUCGACAACCAUGAGUUGUUUUAUUUGAUAAUGGUUUUCUUGGGCACACUUUCUGGGUUUCAAACUCUUAGCUGAUAACAACUCCUAGAAAUCUGACUUUUUUUUAUCGUUUCUCAUUGGACUUUUUUUAUCGUUUCUUCAUUGAAAUUCAGUUUUCUAAACUUUUGUGCAGAUCAGCAAUGCUUGUAGAAAUCUGUUGACCAGUCUGUUUGGGGUCUCUUUUAUGUCUAUCACAGUCUUUACUUUGAGGGGAAUACAAAAUAAGCCAGUUAGACCCUCUUCAGUAUACAAUCUUUUUUGCAUGCAUUUACGCAUGAAAUGGGUUCUAAAGGGAGGUUAAUUUUUGAUCUUAAUGAACCCCCUGCCGAGGAUGAUGAGGAGACUAGCAGCAUCCUCUUGCAGCCAAAGAAGGCACUUCUUGCUACAUCUCAACAGACUUCUGAUUUGUUACAUUCAUCGGUAGGUGCAGAAGCAGUAAAGAAUAACCGUGCUUUCUCACAUGCAUCAUCUCUCUCAGGUUUUCAGUCAUUUACGCGCUCAAAGGUUAUCCAUGACCCUGAGGUGGGUCUUGUACGGAAUAUAGGACAGGAUCAGAGUUCUAAGUUUGAGCAUGCACUGGAUUCAAGUAAUGGUUAUUACAAUAAAACAGAUCCUCAGUUAACUUCUGGUUAUACAGUUGUUAAACCAGCAGAGAGAGAAGAAGGUGAGUGGUCUGAUGCGGAGGGUUCUGCUGAUGAAUGUACAGGAAGUAGGAGCCUGCAAGCUCAUGAUCUCGUGAAAUCCAAACUAGUAGCAUGUACUGCUUCUGGCAAUGGUAAAAAUUCCAUUUUUGAUACAGCUAUUGAUGAAACAAAGUCAGAGAGCAGUGUUGAUCAUUCAUCCCUAGAGCUGAAUCAAGGUUUGUCUGAUCAGAAAGGUGGGAGUGCUCAAAAUUUAGACACCAGCAACAAUCUUGAUGUAACAGAUGGUCUAGAAGAUAGAGGGACAGUUCCAAAACAAAGAGAAGCAAAAGGUCCUGAAGCGAGUCAUGCACUUAGGCUUGCAAAUCAGCCAGUAAAGAGGAAAAUAGACCACCAAAAAGAAGCAAUGUUAGGAAAGAAGCGUAAUAGACAAACUAUGUUGAUCAAUAUUGACGAGGUCAAGCAAGCUGGACCUAUGAAAUCUUUGACCCCAAAGAGACAGGUGACGGCCAGCCGAAAUGUAAAAGAAAUUCGAGCUGUUCUUUCUUCUGGUGGAGUAAAGCAUGACAUUUCUUUCGGCAAGGAUCAGAAACAGGCCGAUUUUUCAUCAAAUGAGGUUGGUACUAGUAUGGAGUCUUCUCAACCCAAACCUGAAAGCUAUGGUGAUGUAAAUUCAUCAGAAGUAGCUAAGUCUAGGAAGCUUAAUGGCGAUGCAGAUUCAUCAUUAGAGGUACAACUAUCUCCUAUUCCAAGACAGAGUUCAUGGAAGCAACCAACUGAUACAAGGCAGCAGAAGAACAUGUACAUGUCUAAUCGGAAACCACCUUCAAUCAGCCAAAAUCUCAUGGAUUUAAAACCUGGGAGCAAAAAGAAUGUUCCUGUGAAGAAGCCAGCUCUAACGGGUUCUUCAUAUCAGGACUCCUCAGUAGAACGUCUUAUUCGGGAGGUGACAAAUGAAAAGUUUUGGCACCAUCCAGAGGAUUCUGAGCUUCAGUGUGUUCCGGGCCGGUUUGAAUCAGUGGACGAAUAUGUCAGUGUCUUUGAACCUUUGCUUUUUGAGGAGUGUCGAGCUCAACUUUAUAGCACAUGGGAGGAGUCUUCUGAAACGAAUUCACACAUAAUGGUCCGGGUUAAAACUGUGGAAAGGCGAGAAAGAGGAUGGUACGAUGUGAUUGUCCUCCCAGUGAAUGAUUGCAGAUGGACAUUUAAGGAGGGUGAUGUUGGUGUUCUUUCAAAUCCAAGGCCAGGGACAGUCAGAUCAAAGAGGAACAUUGGCUCAUCCAGUGAAGAUGGUGAUGAACUUGAGAUGAAUGGACGUGUGGCUGGCACUGUUAGACGACAUAUUCCUUUGGACAAUCGUGAUCCUGCUGGUGCAACCCUUCAUUUCUAUGUGGGGGGUUCAUAUGACACAUACAGCGGCAAGGCUGAUGAUGAUCAUAUCCUCAAGAAGCUUCAACCGAGGAGCAUAUGGUAUCUGACUGCGCUUGGUUCUCUUGCAACCACUCAGCGAGAAUAUGUUGCCUUGCACGCGUUUUGCCGUCUCAACUCACAGAUGCAAAACGCGAUCUUAAAGCCCAGUCCUGAGCAUUUCCCAAAAUAUGAGCACCAGACACCAGUCAUGCCCGAGUGCUUCACUCCUAAUUUUGUUGACCAUCUGCAUAGAACCUUCAACGGGCCCCAGCUGGGAGCAAUCCAAUGGGCUGCGACGCACACAGCUGCUGGCACAAGUAGUGGUACAACAAAGAAACAAGAUCCAUGGCCUUUUACUCUUGUUCAAGGGCCUCCUGGAACAGGUAAGACGCACACUGUAUGGGGGAUGCUCAAUGUGAUCCAUCUGGUGCAGUAUCAGCAUUACUACACAUCUUUACUUAAAAAAUUAGCACCACAGAGCUAUAAGGCAGCCAAUGAGGGCAGUACCGAGAAUAUUGUCGUAGGUUCAAUUGAUGAAGUUCUUCAUAACAUGGACCAGAAUCUAUUUCGCACACUUUCAAAACUAUGCCCAAAGCCCAGAAUGUUGGUUUGUGCUCCUUCUAAUGCCGCAACAGAUGAGCUUCUCUCACGAGUUCUCGAUCGUGGAUUUAUUGAUGGUGAGAUGAAAGUCUACAGACCAGAUGUUGCUAGGGUUGGUGUCGAUUCACAAUCGCGUGCUGCUCAGGCAGUCUCAGUUGAGAGGCGGACUGAACAGCUUCUAGUCAAGAGCCGUGAAGAGGUUUCAAAAUGGAUGCAAGAUUUAAGAGGUCAGGAAGCUUAUUUCUCAGCACAUAUUGCUGAUCUACAGAAUAAACUCAGUUUUGCAGCUGCUGAUGGUCGUUCCCAAGGAUCUGUUGGUGUUGACCCUGAUAUUCUCAUGGCACGUGACCAGAACCGAGAUGCAUUGCUACAAAACCUAGCAGCAGCUGUUGAGAACAGGGACAAAGUCCUAGUUGAGAUCUCUCGCCUUCUUAUUCUGGAAGGUAGGUUCCGAAACAGUGGCAACUUCAAUCUUGAAGAAGCCCGUUCUAGUCUUGAGGCAAGUUUUGCCAAUGAAGCUGAGAUUGUUUUCACAACAGUCUCUAGUAGCGGUCGAAAGCUGUUCUCUCGCCUUACUCAUGGUUUCGAUAUGGUGGUUAUUGACGAGGCAGCCCAAGCUAGUGAGGUUGGUGUGCUUCCUCCGCUUGCUCUUGGUGCUGCUCGUUGUGUCCUUGUUGGUGACCCCCAGCAACUUCCUGCAACUGUCAUUAGCAAGGCUGCUGGAACAUUGUUAUACAGUAGAAGUCUGUUUGAAAGGUUUCAGCAAGCAGGAUGCCCAACUAUGUUGCUCUCUGUGCAAUAUCGAAUGCAUCCUCAAAUCCGUGAUUUUCCUUCAAGGUACUUUUAUCAAGGACGCCUUACCGACAGUGAAAGUGUUAUUAAGCUACCUGAUGAGGUGUAUUACAAGGACCCUUUGCUUAGGCCUUAUCUGUUCUAUGAUGUUACUCAUGGACGAGAAUCUCACAGAGGCGGAUCUGUUUCUUAUCAGAAUAUACACGAAGCACAAUUUUGUGUUCAGCUGUAUGAACAUCUCAUGAAAACUUCAAGGUCAUUGGGAAUUGGGAGAAUCACAGUUGGCAUCAUCACUCCAUACAAGCUGCAACUGAAAUGCCUUCAGCAUGAGUUUUCCGAGAUUCUGAAGUCAGAGGAGGGGAAGGAUAUUUAUAUAAACACUGUAGAUGCUUUUCAAGGACAGGAGCGUGAUGUCAUAAUCAUGUCCUGUGUGCGUGCCUCCAGUCAUGGUGUUGGCUUUGUUGCUGAUAUCCGACGGAUGAACGUUGCCCUUACACGUGCAAGAAGGGCUUUAUGGGUGAUGGGGAAUGCAAGUUCUCUGAUGCAGUCUGAUGAUUGGGCGGCAUUGAUAACUGAUGCCAAAGCGAGGAGUUGUUUUAUGGAAAUGGAUUCUCUGCCCAAAGAUUUUCUUGGUUCCAAGGGAAUGAUGCCAGGCAACAAAGGCCCAUCAUUGAACGCAAGGAGUUUGAGAUCUGGUGGUGGUCCACGAUACAACAGAUCUUUUGAUGUUCAUAUGGAGUCCAGGUUAGGAACACCAUCUGAAGAUGCCGAGAACAACUCAAGUAUAAUCUCCAGAAAUGGGAAUUACCGGCCUUUUAAUAACCCACCAAUGGAGAAUAAUCCUGUGGAGAAUUAUGGUCAACAAUCAGGUGAAAGGUCGAGGGAGUCCUUGCAGUAUGGUGGUAAAAGGCUUUUUGGAAAAAGAGACUCGUAAUUUAAACAGCACAAUUUGCCAUCUCUUCAGUUCAACCUUGGACUGUUUGGACUCCAUGCAGCCAGCAAUAUCUGAGGCCCCAAGGACAAGGUGGCUCGUUGUUUCUCGUGGCAUUAUUAAUCUGUAGAGCAAAAGCCUUGGCGGGGAUUUGGAUACAUCUUUACACAAUGGAUAAUGCAAGGAGCUAGCAUGCUACAUUUUCUGCUGCCAGUUUGACUUUCCAUGUGCUGGUGCAUUCCUUCGGGGUAGUCCUCCAGAUGUCCCUCUAAUUAAUCCUACUUAAUAGUAGUAGGGAAGGUGGAGAUCUAUCACAUGCAGUGGCAUGUGAGUUGGAGGAGGCAGCAAUUGGAACACAACCCCUAGGCGACGUUUUUGUGCUUGGUGAUGUGCUGAUCGAUUGUGGGAGGCAGGGGGCCCUGCUAGUGUGUUUUUUGUUUUUUUUUUUUUUUUUGUUUUAGCCUCAGUAGCUUGCCCUGCUUGUCCUGAAGGUGUUGCCACCUUGCCAGCAUGAAAUGUUUAAAAGACGGCCUACAAUUUCUGUGCUGAGAAUGAGAGACAUAUCAGUACAUAGGCUUACAUCUGAAAGCUUGAUUGGUUAAGCUAAGAUCUUUCUUUCUUCCUUACCAUCACUGGCUUUGUUCAGUGGAGGGGAAAGGAGGGAGAAAAAAAUUGUAUGGGACUUGGAAAGUUGUGUAUAGAGAAACAAAGAGGGGAAGUACAGAAAUGGUGUAAACAGCAUCUCACUGAAACUGAAGGCUCGAUGCAUUUUGUUAGUUCAACCUACUUGUAUAUACUUUCAGUUUGGCCAGUUGAUCUAGCACCCAUCCUUCUGCUCUCGCGAACUAGAACAUGAGUUUCUCCUGAAAUAUGAACCACGUGAUCAGCAUCUCGGCCUCUACAUAGGAUCUCUAUGCCCAUUCAUACAACUGGAGGGCAUCUCCCUCUAGGUAGAAGGACACAAUAUACGCCUUCCUUUACU